CGUGUUUAAGCCAGUUGUGACGCGGUUUAUUCUAAAAAUUUUCAGGUGAUACUUUUCGCCUUUUGGCGAAGUGUAAUACCUGAGGGGCGUUUUGUGUUUUCUGGUUUUGGUACUGUUGGAUGUUUUAUAACUUUAAAAUGAAUUUGCAAACAAAUGUCUCGUGAUUCUAUGGAUUUUAUAUAAUGGAUUAUGCUAAUAGCAGUCUUGACCCAGAAGUUCUUGAGUUUUAUCGUCCAAAUAGGUCUAAGCAUGUUCGGUGUCAUUCUCAUCACCAUUCACAUCAAUUUAUGCACCCAAGGCGCUUUCACAAUUCUCAACCCAACACUCAGACACAGCUGUCAUUAGCGCCUUAUAAAAAUUCUAAUUAUGCAACUCCUAAUGUUCAUCACUCGAACGUGCCUAAUUUUCCCGAUUCACGUAUGCAUCACCACAGACCGCAGCUUCAACAACACGUAGCACAUAAACCUAACUCUGAGCACUACCAUUACCAUGUUAGCCAAAAUGCCUUCAGAUCCUCCGUGAGCCCUCAAAACCUUGGAAGUACAUGUGGAGGGAGCAUAAAUACACUUACAUCAACAAGUGGAGUUAGUAGCAAUUCAGGGAGCUUAUGUACCAGUAGUGGAUCACGUUCAAGUCACAAAUCUGGUACCAGUCUACGUGCAGUAGAUCUUAUUCCAUUGUUGAAAGAGAAGAUCGCACUUUUACCUGGUGGCAGAUCAAGAAGAGGUGGGCCACUGUUGUGCUUUCCGUCCAACUCUCGAGCUGAUGAAAUCCCCCUUGAAGAUCUAUACGUCCUUGUGAGGUAUUUAACAUACCUUCCAGAUGAUAAAGUGAAACGAUUGGGCUUUGUGGUGAUAAUCGAUAUGCGUAGUGGGACAACUUGGCACAGUGUUAAACCAAUCUUAAAGGCAAGUUAAUUUUACAUUUUGGCAUAAUUGCAUUUCAGGUGUUAGAAGAAUGUUUAGGUCGAGACGUGGCUUUGACUUUCAUAAUUAAGCCUGACAAGUUUCUCGAGAAACAUAAAGCUCAACUGGCAAUUGGAAAGUUCAGCUUUGAAAUCCAGUUAGUGUCCGUGGAUGCUUUGUUUCGUGAAGUCGACCCAAGUCAGUUAACCGCAGAAAUGGAGGGAAGUCUCCCAUACCAUCAUGAAGAGUGGAUCAAAAUUCGGUGUUGCCUUGAAGAAUUCUUUUUAUUCGCCAAUGAUAUGUCUGACAAGUUUGGUCAGCUUUAUUGUUUUUUGGACAGAAAACUUAAUCCAGAGACUGUUGAAGAGGCCAAACGUGCUCUGGAGGAGCAUAGAUCAGUACGUCUGAAGAUUGUCCAAGCUCCAGUCCCAGCUCUUGAGGCCGAAGCUGAUCGACUAACCUCAUGGUUACGCUAUGGUAUAACUGCUUCACAAUCUGGUGCAAAUGCAUCUGCCAAUUCAGGCUCUCAAUUAUGUUCUAAUACCACCGCCUCUGGUGGCGGCGCAUCUUUUCUUGCGACAUCCUGGGUUUCUAUGAAUCCUGACUUUCAGCAGUUGGUUCCACAGGUUCGGCAUACAGUUUCACAACUCUAUGAGUUUCGUACUCGUUUACAACAGAAGUGGGAAGCUGGUCGAUCCCGGUUAGAACAAAUUUAUCAGCUUCGCUUGUUUGAUGAAGAUGCCAGAGGCAUGUCUAACUGGAUAGAUCAACAACGUCAUUUGUUCCUUACGGAGUAUCUAGAUAUCGGGCAGACAGCAUCACAUGCUGCUGAUUUACACGCUGAACACCGACAAUUUCUGGCUAAAUGUAGCACUGUUCGCGAACAAGUUGCUCGUUUAACAGGAGUAGCUGGAAUGCUUGCAGAUACAGGUCAUUUUGCCAGCCAACAGAUUUUAAAACAGGCCAACCAGCUGGAACACGAGUGGAAGUCAUUCACUGCAGCACUGGAGGAUCGUUCUCGUGUAUUACAACUAUCCGCUAGUUUUCAUGCAAGGGCUGAAUCCUUUCUAGCUAACUGUCCACAUUGGGAAAGUGCAAUGCGUCAGGUCAAUGGAACAUCGGUACAUGAGUUAAAUCAAGCCUUGAUUACACUGCAGGAGUACUGGCAGGAAGCACAAUCUGCUCACGAAGAGGUUUGUGCAGAUGGUCGAGCUUUAGCUAAUCAUCUAAGCUCACCUGUUCCAACUGGAUCUCAUACUUCUUUAACAGCUGCUGUCGAUUAUUCACAAGGUCGUAAACAUUGUACAGACCUUGUUCAUGAGAUAUGGGCUUGGUUUAAACAGUUAGAACGGGUUUUCGGCGAACGUAGACGUCGUCUAACAGCUCGUUUAGCCUUAUUAAUGUUUAAAGAGGAUGUUGGACAAGUAUUAGCCUGGUUAACUGAACAUGGAGAACCGUUUUUACAACGUCAAACAUCUGUGGGCAAGUCUAUUCAACGGGCAGAACAAUUGUACAGUGCACACAUGCAAUUUGAACACGUUGCUUCUAAUACCUUGACAAAUGCAGAGAAACUAAUUUCUGCCGCGGAUGAAUUAGCAGCCCAGGCAGAUGAUCCAGAAGAAAUAUUACAGGAUGCAAGUGAAUUACAGCAUCGUAUUUCAGCUUUCACACGUGCUGUUGAAGUUCGGAGAGAAACUUUAGAUCUUGGUUGUGGAUUUUAUUCACAUACAAAGGAAGCUUUAGCCUGGCUUCAUAAUGCACGAGAAACACACAAUCCUGGUGAACACUUACCUGCUUCUAUUGAAGGCAUGGAAGAUGAGCUGACAAGUUUUCAUAGAAAUCGAGCAGCUAUGGAGAAAGAUGUAGACCGUGCACUUGCAGAGGGUGAGGCUUUGAUAUCCAGAUUGAAAGAUGCUGAAGAAGUUUCACACUUACGUAGUGUGUUGAAUCAAGUUUCUAAUGAACGAACAACUGUUUCUACAUUACUGACAGAGCGUCAAGUACGCUUAGAUCUUUGCUUACAAUUACGAUUAUUCGAAGCUGAUGUUCAUUCAGCAUUGGAUUGUUUACGUCACAGCAUUCCAUCAUUAUCUAAUCUAAGUCAGUCCACCGAUGUCAAUUCUAAUCAUCAAAACAAUAGUACUAAUCGUUACUAUUGGCUAGCUGAUCCUCGACAAGCACCCGAUAUGGCAUCCAUUGAAGAAGUGUUAACGUCUUGUCUGUCAGUGCUACCGACAGCUGAGGAGGUUUUAAAUAAGGGUAGCGAAUUGGCCAGAGCAUUCGAAUCGGUUGGUGUUAAUUUCCCUGCAGGUGGUCCUGGUUCCAGUGAUUCAGGUAUGUGUGACAGUGCAGAGACAGCUGUUGAACGAGUUCAUCGAUUAAUGACUGAACUUGCUGAUGUCGUUGCAUCGGUUGAUGUGUUAAAUGAACGUUUAAAUGGUGAACUUGAUUGGCGUCGCCUUCAAUUACAAAGUAGACAAGUGUUACAUUGGAUAGGUCAGUGUGAAGGGAUUCUACAUCAAACUGCUGUAAUUCCAGCCAGUCUAGCAGAGGCGGAAACACUUUAUGCAGAUCAUGAAAAAUUUCAGCCAGUUUUGAAUGAUGCUCAUCCACAAGCUGUACAAUGUGCUGCACGUGCCAGUUACUUUUUACAACAAACAGCAACAAGUAAUCCAUCAGGUCAUACAACAGGUUCUGGAAAUAAUGAACAUCCGAGGAGAAAAGAUUAUCAGUCCGUUGCUGAAACGGUCGCCAACCGUUGGCAGAAACUUGUCUAUGCUGCAGAAGAACGUCAUAAACUGUUGAUAUCUGCAACUAAUUGGUAUCGAACAUCAGAUCAAGUAACUUCAGUUUUAUGGUCUUUAGAGAAAGAAUAUCGUAGAGAAGAAGAUUGGUGUCAAAAUGAAAAGGCGGUUAGCAGUGGAGAUCCAGCUAAUUACCUAGCUCAGUUAUCAUCUAAGCAUGCUGAACAAAAAGAAGCAUUCCUCAAGGCUUGUAUGUUAGCCAGGCGUACUUCAGAUUUGUUUAGCAAGUAUUUACAUCGUCAACCGGCUAGCACUACUGGUCGUGCUGAGGUUGAAGAGAAGAUUCGUGUGGCUAUGACAGAAUUAAUGGCUAAAGAAAAAGCUGUUCUCGAAGCAUGGGCGGUUCGACGCAGACGGCUUGACGAUUGUACUUAUUUCAUGAAUCUCAAGCGUCAAAUCGAAGAUCUUCUCGAACGUGUACAUAGUGUUCAGGAGUCUACUGGAAAUAAACCGUCUGGUUUCCCCGGUCCAGUUUGCCUUUCACAUAUUAAUCCAUCACUAUUGCAAGAAGUAUAUAGAGCUUGUGCAAGCUUAGAGUCAAUGAUAGCUUCAUCAUCUCCGUUAUCUCCUGGUCAUACAACACAAUUGGAGGCAUUAUUACAACGUCUUCGUCUUUGUGAAUCACAAUCGGUUACAGGAUCAACUGCUGCAUCCAGCGCUGGUGCUGUUGGUAAAGUUAACAAGGAUUCACAAAAGCCGGCGGAUCAUCAUGCUACUGAAUCCAGGAAGAGUUCUGCUCCGUCGUCUAAACUUGAUGUUCAAGCUAGGCCUAAAACCCUUGAAGUUGAACCAGAUAGAACAUCGGUUUCCAGUACAAGUAGCUCUGGUACAGGCGGUAGUACAAGUGCAAGUAUCACUAAUGAUUCAUAUUUAGUAGCGUCAGCAGCUGCUGCCUCAGGUACAACACAAGAACAACGCAGAUUAGCACGUCGGCGAGAGAAUCUACUGCGUGAAUUAAUCCAAACUGAAAGACUUUAUGUACAAUCUUUAGAACAAUGCAUGGAGACCUACCGCAAGGGUUUACUUUCUCCGCCUAAAAUGUUGGCUGCUCAGGUACCAUCUGGACUUGUUGGUCAAGCUGAUAUUGUAUUUGGUAAUAUGCCUAUGAUAUAUGAAUUUCAUAAGCAGACUUUUGAACCUGAAUUAGCUAAAUACACAGAGAGUGGUGAUUUCCUACCAGAAGAUGUUGGACAUUGUUUUGUUGUGCAUAGUGAUCGUUUAGCUGAAUUAUAUGUAGAAUAUUGUGUAAAUAAUACUGAAUCAACACGAUUAGUUAUUGAACAUGGACAGAAUUAUUUCCAGUCUUUACAAUUGUAUUACAACCUAAUUGAAACACUUCAGUCGUAUCUUAUUAAACCUGUUCAACGUGUAACAAAAUAUCAGUUGUUAUUACGUGAACUACGCGAUUGCUGUGAUCCAGUUGGAGUAGGUGAGAUCAGCGAGGGUUUGGAAGCUAUGCUGAGUGUACCGAAACGUGCUAAUGAUGCACUACAUUUAAGUAUGCUACAGAAUCUCCCAGAGGAUGUUCCGCUUGCAUCUUUGGGUGAUGUAAUUUUGCAAGAUCAAUUCACUAUAUGGGAGCCUAAACAAUUAAUUAAGAAAAGUCGUGAACGUCGCGUAUUUCUGUUCGAUCAUUGUUUAAUUCUUGCUAAAGAAGCAGCUACUCAACCUGGGGAGCAUAAGUCCAAGUACAUCUAUAAAUCACGACUUUUGUUAGCCGAUUGUAAUAUCACUGAGCAUAUUGAAGGGGAUCAGUGUAAAUUUGCCCUAUGGACUGGUCGGAUUCCACCGAUUCAUGAAUAUCGUAUGAUUUUGAAAGCUGGAACACUUGAAUUAAAACAGAAUUGGGUUCGUGCAUUAAGAGAAGUGAUGCGUGAACGUGUAUUCAGUGUGCAAAGUUUAUAUCAACACCAGAAUCAAAAUCCGAAUGCAGCAAACUUGUUCGACGAUGCAGCUGAAACUCUCGAUACUUUCUAUAUCCUUGAGAACUAUCAGGCGGAAAAUGAUAAUGAAAUUUCGGUAUCAGCACAUCAGAUUGUACAGUUAUUGCAUCGAUGUGAUGAACCUAUCAUGGCGAAUAUCCCUACAGAAAAUAAUGAAAAUGAUGGUAGUACUACGCCAAAAUAUGAUCCUAAUGGAACCGGUGAUUGGGCUCUUAUUCGUGUGAUUGUGCGUGGCACAGCAACAUCUACUAAUUCACCAACUAAGGAAGGCUUUAUUCCAGCAAAGCUUAUUGGUGCACCGUGUGGUCGUAAAUCAUUAACAUCAAGUUCUCGACAGUCUUCAAGUGUUCGACGAGGCAGUACCUCAGUACGUAAAUGGUUACCUUCGGGAGUUGGUAGUGGUCGAAGAAGUACAGUCACCUCGGCAAAUAGUGGAGCACCGGGUAAACGAGGAUCAAAGGUGGAUAUUAAUCAGUCUCAGGUUAUCAAUCCGACAUCAGUCGCUGAACUUCAAGCCAAACCUGGUCAAAUUAGCACCAAUAACAGUGAACAACAACAACAACAAAAGACAGCAGAACUUGGCGGUCUAUUACUAGACAAUGUAUCCGAAGAAAGCGUCGAUGUUGAAUUACCCCCACCAAUGAAUGAAAUACAAGCACCGUUACGUUCAACUGUAAAUGAAUUAUUAGACAUGAAAACUAUGAAAGAAUCAGAUAGUAAUAGUAAUAAUAAUACUAAUAAUGGUGAUAAUCACUUCCUUCUAGAUGAUGUUACUGUGAAUACUAAUCCAAAUCAAUUGAAUAAUUUACAAAACAACUCUACUACUACUAAUAAUAAUAACGACACCACAAUAAGUACAAUUGGUAACAAUAAUCUAACUAAUGAAACUUCUAACGAUAAGCUUGUUAAAACUGUACAUCGUUUGGCGAAUGUAGCAGAAGUAGCUGGAGAUAGUCAAACACAACUUGGUGAUAUUCCACAAUUGAUUGGUCUUCCUGGAGGUGCAAAUUUAUCCGGUGUAGGCAAUUUACGCUUACAUGGUGGAUUGAGUGUAGCUACAAAACUUGUCGCCGGCUGUAAAUCCUCUGUACCAUUAAUUCAUUCCACUGGUUCACCAGAUCUGUCUGUAUCAACUAACAGUAGUACUAGCAGUUCUCAUUUUCUUGGUCAAGAUGAAGAAUUACUCUUAGAUAUACUUGAAGAAGGCGUUGAGUUGCAUUUUGUCACCAGGCAUCUAUUUCUUUAUGAUCAUGCUUUAAUUAUAGCGGAUGGUGCAAUGGAAUUGACUACAGUGUCUGAUGAUAAUAAUGUAACAGGAGAGAAAGAACAAGCAAACGGUAAUAACAACAAUAAACCGAAAUUACAAUGUCGAUUUCGUCAUGCACUGCCUAUUAGUCAGAUAUCAGUUUUGGAGGAUGUUGGCGUUGGUGGCUCAAGACCUACUGGUGAACAGCUGUUAUGGUUCUGUCUCUCAGAAAGAACACGUUAUCUUGGUUCGCCGUUCGAAUCAUCUCUUGCUACAUCACCGCCACAAUCACAUUUGUGUUAUAUAGUUGCUCCAAAAUCACCUGAAUCGCGUAUUCGUUGGUUGAGUGAGUUAACCUCUAUGAUCAUGGAAGCUAGACGCCUAUCACAAGCAUACCUUAUGAAUAAUGCUUCCAUGGGAUCUGGUGGUGAUUCAAAUACAGCUGCUUCAACAGGUCAUAUGAAGCUGCCGCCGGCAACUCUUUAUCCCAGUGGUGUACUGUUUGACACAGGUUGGUUUUUGCUUAUUUUGCAUCAUAUCAAAAUGUUUCUUUACUUUUUUCUUUACUGUCUUCGGUACAAUAUUUUAUUUCACAGAAGUCUACCAACGUGAAUGCAGAACGAAAUACUUUCUCACUUUCGUGAAUACCGACUAAUAAUUGCCUGAUUGCUUUGUUUCUGAAAAAAGAAAAUAUAGGUGUUCAUAAUAUUUACCCCUUUUUAAGAUAAACCCUUCUUAGUAUACCUUAGAUGUUAAGAUAUCAUCGUUUAGUGUAUGUCGGUCGUUAAUAUGAAGCUGGUUAUCAUCAUAUAUUUACAUGUGGGUUCUAUUUACCCUGCUUAUCAGUUUCACUGUACAAAACUGCUUAUGAGCGUAAGCUGGGGGGAGGUGGUAAAUAGCAUUAGGACUGUGACAUAGAUUCCAGACAUUGUCAUCGUAUUUUAGAUUAUUAUCAUUAUUUUUUAUUGUUCCCUUGGGCUCUGAAUGGAACAUAGGGCGGCUUCAACAGCUUAAUUUAGGAUUUCAGUAGCAUAUUUAGUGCUACUUUAUAAUCUGUUUUAUUGGAACUUAUUUAAUAUUGAGAGUGCGUCGGUGGAUGGUACUGUGGUAGAAUGUUCGCCAACCACGCCACACGUGGUUCAGGUUGUGAUCGCCGGCUGGCGCACUCCUAAACCUCUCUGGGCCGGUAAUAAGACCGGUGACGAAAUAUGAUUAGGCAUUAGAGUGGCAAUUCCGCUCCUUGAAAAAGAACACCACUGCAACUUCAAAGCUCUAGCUUGAAACUCUGUCCCAUUGGGAACGUAGAGGAAUAUAAUAAAGAAAUAAAACUAUUAAUAUUUAAUAUUGGAGCUACUAAUAGAUUGUUUGAAAUGUUUUUGACUUGGGGAUGAAACAAUCGGUCGUAAACUAAACUAUACUGGAAUCAUUUCAUCAGAAAUAUAUCUACUGGUCUCAAUUAGUAAACUAGUAGGGUAUUUAUGAUAUCAGAUGAAAUUGAACAACGCUCCACUAAGUAAGUGUGAUUAAUUCAACUGCAUAUAGAUAGAAAUAUUGAUCACUGUAGGUGUCUGCACACAAAUUUUCUAUCACUUCCGAUUGUUACACUUUGAAACCAACGUAUAAGAGAAAGUAGUGAAUUGUGAAAUAGAUGUUACAAUGUUACAAUUAUUAACGAAUCUAUGAUUGUGCACAGGGUGGGUGUGGGUAGGUGGGGAAUGUAAUAAAACCAUUUUUUGAUGAAUUGAUUUUCAGCCAUAACCACCAUUGACAGUGUCGUGUUAUUCGCAUAAAUUAAUACUUAGAUGAUACAUAUUCAUAUUCCAUGCUGGUUACAUUGAUAAUUCUUACAGUAUUCAGUCGUUGUAUGUAUUAAGGUGCCUUUGUCGAAGGAGAAAAACGACUGAAUUAUGCGAAAGGUUGAAUAACUCCGAAACACGGAAUCACCAUUUUUCUUGUCAACUUUUACUUAAGGCUUUGAGUUAAUUUUUCUGAAUCAUUAAAAGAAAAAUGCAUUUUUGUACCAUAAUUAAACAAUAACAAUAAUAAUAACAACCAUAAUAAUAAAGCAUGUAAAAUAUUUUUCAAUAUAUCAGGAUCUUUAGAGCUGCCUAAACCUGGUAGAUAUAAAAUAAUUGGCAAUCAAGAUGUUACAAUGAAUUCAACACGUUACCCUCCUCCAUCAACGGACCAAAUUACAACUGAUAUCGGAAAUUUAAACAUUGGCUCAAAUCUAGUUCCUUCUUCAUCGGCCGCUUGUUCAUCAUUACAAGGCUCAAUGUCACAGUCAUCGAAUUCUCGCGUUAUAUAAUAGUGAUGAUGAUAAUGAUGGUAAUGCUUUGAGUUUUUUCCUGUUUACGAGAAAUCAUGUCUUCCUAUUUUUGGCUGCCUCCAGUUACACUGUUCUGUCUGUGUGUGUGUGUGUGUGUGCGUUUGUCUGUUUGUCUAUCUAUCAAUCUCUGCCUUCCUCCCUCUUCUAUAUUUCAUCCAUCCUUCUACAUCAUAGUUUUUUUUGUGUGUAUAGAGUCAAUAUAGGCAAAGUUAGAAAAAACAGAAGGAAAGAAACAAAACCGGGAUAAAAGAUACAGUUGUGAAAACCUUUCGUCCUUAUUUUAUAUGUACAGUUGACAAGAAAGAAGGACUGAUCAUUAUCAUUAUCAACUAGUGUGUAAUUCUCUCAUCUUUUACAAUUUUUCAAAUGUGCUUAUACACAGUCACAGUUAUAAUCUUCUUUUUGUCAAUCCUAUAAUGUCGCACUUGCUCACUUGUUAUUCGUAUUCUAUAAUGGAUAAAUGUGAGUGCAUUUGUGUGUGCGUAUAUGUGUGUAUGCGCAUAUGGCUGGAAUACGCGAACCUACGAUCUCAUUUCUACAGCUCUGUAUGAGCCGCCUACCACACACAUGAAUUCUUUGAAAUUAAUUAAUGACUAUCGUGAUAAUCAUGCGUAUUCUGUAUAGUGUUUCCAAUGAAUAUACUUUUAUGCAUUCUUCUCCUUUUUAUUAUUAUUAUUAUUAUCGGUACUUAUUAUUAUUAUGUUUAUUAUUAUUGUUAUUUACACCUUUAUGCAUUUCAAGCAAAUGAUAAUGUCUAGCGUGUUUUUUCCUGCGUGCGUGUUUAUCUUUCUUCAACCGUGUUUUUCACCAUAGUCGUCUAAGUGUAAACAUUUGUUGUUCAAUUGUGUGAGAGUAUGAUUUCUCUCUCUCUUCAGUGGGGGUGUGGAAGGUGGUUACUCAUCUAAUUUUUGUUUUCAAAAGUUUUCAAAAGAGAAGAAAGAGACUACCUCACAUUUUAUUGUAAAUUUUAUUUCAUUCAACAUAAUGGCUGAAACACCCCCCCACACACACAUGUAAAAAUGGAUAAUUUUGAUUUUGUUUUUAUAAUGAGCAUAUAUUUACAUAUAUAUUUAUAUAUAUAUAUAUUUCUAUAUCUAAAAACAAAACUGUACAUCAGUUCGUCUAUUGUGCGUUACAUUAUACCUAUUGACUUUGAAGACUAUCUCACCACAUAGUUCAUUAUUGCUAUGCUCAUUACUGUUUUUUUUUUUAUGCAGUGAGUAAGCUCGGGUGAUUUGGGGGCAUAGACAACAUCAUUUCUCUCUCCUAAUUUUACGAUCAUUAUUUAUUGUAAGGGAUCAUGUUGUGUUACUCUUAACUAACUUAUUCCCUUACUACACUGUACUUUCAUACCGUCAGUGCAUAUUAAGUGAUUGAAUGAGCUGGUGAGCUCUAGUGAUGCGUAAAAUUCAAAGGAGAAAAAUUGACAAAACAGAAACAGUGUGUUGAAAAAAAAAACAGAUAAUAGUUUGCGAACUGUGAUUUCUCCUAAUGUGAACAGAUUAUGCGAAAACAAACCAUCCAACCAACAAAUAAACAACAAUCGAAUAGACUUCAUUUGCCCACCUUUUUCAUAUUUUCAGUCCGAAUGUAUAGACAAAUUCUCUUUCCCUCUCUCUCUCUCUGUUUCUCUUUUUGUUCUACAAUUAUUCAGUUCACGUUUAUACAUACUACUUAAUUAAAACAAUGACAAUUCAGCAAGUAGUAUUAUUUGACUUCUUGGAGGAAUAUUUGUUAUCCGCUUAAUUCCAUUAUUGUUUACUUCGCUUAAGUUUGUGGUUUUCUUCAUAGGAGUGUUUAAUUUUAUUUACAUACAUACAUACAUACGUACAUAUUCCAGCUGAUAAGUUUGAAACAGGAAUUGCGCAUUGCAUUUGUUCGUUUUCUAUUGGUUUCGUUUGUGGUGUCUAAUUUUCAGUAUCACUUCGGGUUUUCUUUCCCACAAUUCUCCCUCUCUUUCUCUCA